AAACUUCGCUUCAGCACGGAGGUGGAUUCGAGCGUGUUAACACAAAAGAUAUUGGAUAUUUCACUUGACUCAUUCUCGACCCGCACUCCAGCAUUGUUAUACCGAAUCUACAUAACACCAGCAGCACUCCUCAACGUCAUAACAUCAACCCACCCAGUGCAGUUGGGAACAUUACCAGACUACCAUCAUGGGCGGAACACGUCUGCUUCGAUGGAAGCUCCUAGGAGUGGCAGGACUAACCUUCUGGGUGGCUUGGUGCCUCCUACAGAUGGCUUCUGAACACCAGGAGCAUAUGUGGAAACGCAUUUUGGCAGGUUUGUUUGGUGUUCCGAGUAUCUUGGUGACCGUUCUAUCACUGUGGAUGUCUACAUUGCGCAUAUCCUACGGACAUGGGCUUGUCUCAUCCUACCUCCAUGUUACCAUUAUAUCAAUCCUUUUUGUGACUCGUUUCCCUGUGGUGUGGAAGUGCAAGAAGGCCUGGAAGAACCCCAGGAAAUCACAAGAAGAAUAUCUGAAAGAAAUCAUCAAAGCAAAUGCGCAAUCCGAAUACUCAAAAGACUUUGGACUCUGUUCAGUGACAUCUUUAGCGGACUUGAGGAAGAAACAUUCAUUAACGGAUUACGAACGGUACAGGCCAUACGUAGAUCGUCUGGAGAAAGGUGAAACAGGUUUGUUGGCAUGUGAUCCUGUUAUACGGUUCGCGCUCACUUCCGGAACAACAGGGAAAGCUAAGAUGGUGCCGUACACAGAAGCCUAUCAAAAGAAUCUCUUCAAAUGGGCAUUUGGAAUACACUUCGAUGUCAGGGCGAACUGUUUCGGUCAUGACGGUCUCCAACGAGAGCUAUUCAUGUAUACAGCACCAAAGGUAAGGCAUUCAGAAGGCGGCGUCCUGAUGGCCCCAGCAUCAGUAAUGACUAAGACCUUAAAACGACUCUUGUUUUUGUACUCAACACCAGCAGUUGGUUACGACAUCAGUGAUCCUAUUGAUUCCGUUUAUGUCCAUCUUCUUUUCGGGCUCCGUGAUCCCAACCUUCGUAGCGUUAACGCCAAUUUCACUUCAAACCUGAUGUCAGCAAUGCGAAUGGUCGAGCAACAAUGGCAUGAGUUUGUUCGAGACAUUGAACUUGGAACCGUGACGACAACCAAUGUCCCACCUGAAAUUCAUAGAGCACUUGUAAAGGAGCUUGGAGGAGGGGAUAAGGCCAGAGCUACAGAACUGAAGAAGGAGUUCCAGAAGGGUUUCGAAGGCAUCAUGAAGAGGGUCUGGCCACACAUGAAAUCUGUUCAAGCAAUAGAUUCAAUAGGCCUCAAGGAUGCUCUCCUGAAAUCAUAUGCGAAAGGUUUGACGCUGUAUGGUGGGGUGUUUGGUGCUUCUGAGGGUUUCUUCGGAUAUAACCUCUGGCCAAAGUCACCGGGCAAAGAUGAAUUUGUUCUGUUGCCAGGCACAGCAAUCUACGAAUUUAUUCGACAGGAUAAUAUAACUGAAGAUCAACCGGAGACUUUCUUCCUAGAUGAGCUCCAAGUUGGUGGUAUUUACGAGGUCGUCAUUACUCAAAUGUUCGGUUUCUACAGAUUCAGAUAUGGUGACGUCAUCCGAGUCCGGCGAUUUCACUUCAAUUCUCCCGUUGUGGAAUUCAUGUACAGGUCAGGUCAAAUCCUCAAUGUGCAUGCAGAGAAACUUGACCAGCAUACUGUGAAGACUGCCAUGGAUGCUGCCGUUGGCCACUGGCCCGGUGCUUCCCUUGAGGAAUACGCUGUAGCCGAGAGUACUCUCCUUGAUCAACUAGUGAAGACUGAUGCUGAUCAUAGACCGUACUAUGUGGUAUUUCUUGAGCUGCUUCCUCCCCCGGAGAGAGACUCUAUAGACAGCAUCACACUGGAAAAGGUUGACGAGGAGCUCUGCCAUCAUUCCUUCACGUACAACUCGUUCCGCGAAAAGGGAGCCAUAGCCCCUCCCUUGGUGCACAUCGUGAAACCCGGCACAUUUGUUCGUCUGCACACUUUCAUCCUGAAUAACAGCACGACAUCUGCCAACCAGUACAAAGUCCCGCGGAAGCUGCGCACGAAGGAAACCCUCCAACUCAUGCUGGAUAACUCCAUUUAUCAUCGUUAAGUGAACGCAAAUUGUGAUGGACAAACAAUAUCUUCCGCCGUAUCUGAGUCUAAUUGAGUCUGAGUCUCCUUUCUAAUCAAGCUUUACGAUCGAUCUGAUCAACCUCAUUGUUGUAUAAUUUCUACUUCAUAAAAUUCACAAAUGACCUUUGUACAUAAAGAGAAGCACACUGAAUUUUCGAGAAAACCAUGUGUAGAUAUUCAUCGUAUCUGGAAAAUAUUUUUAACAAACAUGUAUUUUAGAUAUUGACGUUGCUGGCUUUCCAUAGUUGUGGUUUAUCGGAUCUAUCGCGACUCUUAGAAAGACGGGACGCAUGAAACGCUGUGACCUUAUAUCGGUUCUAUCAGGACGUCUGUCAGCACAUUGUUAGCGUUGAAAGCGUUUCUGUGCGAUCGGUAUACAGGCUAUGCUGAUCUGAGUGACGGUGAAAUACUUCAAUUUAUUUGAUAGUUCAGAAGACCAAAAGUGUCCUUUACACAAAAUAACAAGUUGUCGAUAUUAUCAGGAACAGUGAUUAAUUUCGGUCCCAACAUUGAUUAUGAUUGACUAUGAAAGCGACCUUACCAAUCGAUUUUACAUAAGUUUUAAUGUAUAAAGAUAUGAAGUAUCCAGGUAUUGUUCGUAGCAAAUAUUCUUACAUUUUGAUUGGAAAGGUGGCAUUUUCUUUCGUAACAAUAAACUAAAUCCUAA